UUUACUUGCAUUCGUUGAUUGCUUCGAAAUUCGGAAUUUUUCAACGAAUCCAGAAAAUAUGCCCACAGUAAACUGUGAACGAGUCGCAAUAAAUUACAAUUUUCUCCAAGCCUUGAACAUUAGAAGUGUCAAACGAGUUUUCUCGACCAUUCCACGAAUUCACUCUUUAUUGCAAUACAAAUUUCAGCAGUAUUGCGUUUCAACAUAGUUUUUGCUGCGUAAUCAUUCAAUUGAAGCAAACAUGAUGAAGUCUAUCACAAUAUUCGGAAUAGCCAUUUAUAUACUUCUGGGAGAAAAUCUCACAUCAGCCAACGACCAGCAAGCAGAUGAGGAAGACAUGAUUCCACCAGCUCUCACCUGCGUCGCAAUAGGAGACGCCGGAUGCGAUCGCAUGUGUAAGAUGGUAGGUCACAUCUACGCCACACCAGUCAAUCCGGCCAAAUGUAGCCCGAGUAACAUUUGCGAAUGUUCGAUGCGCGAACACAAAUUCCUCGACGAUCUUUGGGCAGAGAAAUUCACAUCGACCGAACUCAUGAACGAAAUCCACACCGAUAGAAAAGUCUACAGAGAAAUUCUCAAAAAAAUGAAAGCCACGCUGAAAACUAGAGAACAAAGCAAACAUGAUUUAGGAUGGUACUUGACUGCUGAUCAAUACGCUCGAUUACAAGUUAACGAUAACGUAGCCGAAAAUAUGAUCAAGUAUAACGGUCAUAAAAAAGAAUUCGAUCGCGAUAACAUCCGCGCAUAUGUAUCCAAAAGCCUAAGGUCAGAUCCACUCCAGCUGCCGGAGGAUUUCUGCUACAAAUCCAGGCUUUCCAACGCGUUGGAAAAUGUCGCCGAUGCGGAUACUGCCCAAUUCAUAAUUCACGACGUCCGUCAAACUGAAAACCCCACCUUAAACGAGAUCGUAGAUAACUUCAUAAACGAGAAAAGUAUACAAGAAGAUAAAAGUAUAGCCGAUUUGGAUGGUGAUGACGUCUUACCCGAUAUCUUGGAUUUGAUGAUCGUUAAUGAAUUCAUCUCACCGAGCCCUAUCCAGGAAGACAAUCAUACGAAUGCAAUAAACGAGUCGACUCCCUCGAGCGACUCGGACCCGUGGGAUUUACCCAAUCUUGACAUAGCAUCAGUGCAGGAAUUUGACGACGGUUACAAAUGCUGGACAAAUGAGGUACCCGAAUACAGCGUCUGUCAAUUCAAAGCGGUCUGGGGAGAACAUCAUAUAGAGUGGAAAAAGGGUAAAGUUUCGAUUGACAUUUCUACCUAUAAUACAGGCAGAGUAACUCAGAAAUGGAAAUUCGAAGACGGAGUGAAUAUUUCACUCGUCAGGCAAUCGAAUGGCAAUCUCGAACAGACUUGGAGUUUCGGUCCACAUAAUCAGCUCAAGUAUGUGAGAAAUGGUGACGUCGUCGACGAAAAAUGGUCGUAUGAUAACAAGGAUGAAGAAUCCUUGACCAAGUAUAAGUCAAUUAUCAAAUCGUGGUGCGAUAAAAAUCGCUUAUUUAUUGAAGAAAAAUCUUGCGUUAUUUACUAAUUUUACACGAAUAGGUAUUGAAAAAUAACUCUUUUUAUAAAUUAUACGUAUUUGGGUAGGUCGAUAGCCACACCAGGUAGACGAAAGUCGACUUUGUAUUUUUUAGCAUUAGUUUUUAAGGAAUAAUAAAAAAAUGGUGCAAAUGA